CCCCGGGGGCAUAAGCCGCUGCCCGCCGGAAUGCUUUCUGGAACGGACCUCCCGAAACUCGGGAAUGUGCAGCCGCGCGGAGCAGGGGGCGCGCCGACUCCGUCUUCCGUGUUCUUUCCGCAGGCCAGGCCGGCAUGGAGCCCGGCAGGUGGCUCACGUUCUCCGGCCGCGGUUCUGCCAUCUGAGCGAUGGGAGCGACCGCUUGCGGUGAGCGGCCGGCGCCCCGCACGGCGCCAGCGCCCCAGGUCCCGCGGCUGCCGCGGUCCCUCGCCCCCACCCUCCGUCCCGGCCGUGUCGCGUCCGCUCCUCGAGCCGCCAAUCAACUUGCGUUCGGAGCCAACCGGAAGACUGGCCGUAAUCCGCGUCGCUGCCGUCGUAAAAGUGCAGAUCUCCCCGGCGACGGGCAACGCGGGGAAGAUGGCGGCACUGGUGGCGACGGAGGCCGCGGCGCCCCCGGGCCCCGCCGAGGCGGUCGAGACGGCGGAGGCGGCGGAGCUGAGCCGCGCCCUGAGCCGCCUGCUGCCCGGGCUGGAGACCGACAGCAAGCUGGGUCGGCGGCGCGCGCUGGAGGCGCUGCAGCGUGCGCUGGAGGCGGUGCUGCCCGAGGCGCCGGCCGCCGACCCCGCCGGCGCGGCCGCCGCCUUCCAGGGCCCCUGGGCGCGCCUGCUGCUGCCGCGCCUGUUGCGCUGCCUGGCCGACCCGGCCGAGGGCUGCCGCGCGCUGGCCGCGCACCUGCUGGGCCUGGGCCUGCGGCGCGCCGCGCGGCCCCGCGACGCCCUGCCGCGCCUGCUGCCCGCGCUCUCGGCGCGCCUGGCCAGCCCCGAGCCCGCGCGCCGCCCGCCGCCCGAGGCCUGCGAGGAGCUGCGCCUGGCGCUCGUGCAGCUGCUCCGCCUGGCCGUGGACCUCUGCGGCGCCGCGCUCGCGCCCCACCUGGACGACGCGGUGCGCGUGCUACGCUGCACGCUGCUCGACCCCUUCGCCGCUGUGCGCCGGGAGAGCUGCGAGUGCGCCGCGAGCCUGGCGCGCGCCACGCCAGAUCACUUCCACAUGCAGUCGGAGUCUCUGAUUGGCCCCCUGAUGCAGACCAUCUCCCACCAGCACUGGAAGGUCCGGGUGGCCGUCAUCGAGGCCACAGGCACGGUGAUCCAGUUCGGCAGCGGGAAGUCAGUGGAUGACGUGCUUCCUCACUUUGCUCAGCGGCUCUUUGACGAUGUCCCCCAGGUCCGACAGGCAGUGACGUGCGUGGUGGGGGGCUGGCUGCUGGAUCUGCGGGACCGGUACUCCUUCUUCCCCAAGCUGAUCCCGCUGCUGCUCAGCAGCCUUGAUGACGAGAUUCCAGAGACCGCGCACACGGCUGCCAGCCUCUGGGAGAAGAUUGGCCUCCAGUGGCAACAGGAAAAUGAGGAGGACCUCAAGGACAAACUGGACUUCGCCUCUCCGCCUCCCGCCCACCACCCCUCGCCAGAGACCCGCCCGGGGUUGGGCUGCCGGGAGCUCGUCUUCAGAAACCUGUCCAAGAUCCUUCCCGCCGUCUGUCACGACAUCACCGACUGGGUGGUGGCGACCAGGGUGAAGUCCGCGCAGCUGCUGGCGGAGCUGCUGCGCCACGCAGAGGACCACGUCACACAGCACCUGGAGCUCCUGCUCAGAACGCUGCUCCGCGCGUGUGCCGACGACGAGGGGGCCGUGGUCCGCAGUUGUACCAAGUCCGCAGAGCUGAUUGGGGCGUUCGUCAGCCCAGACGUCUUCCUGAGGUUGAUGUGGCCCCUGCUGAAGAAGUCACCCUCUGCCCCCGGCCUCCUGGUCCUUGCUUCUGUCAUCCGGGGCUGCCCGAGGGAAGCCCUCCAGCCACACCUGAAGACCAUUGCCACGGAGCUGGCCCAGGUGCACAUCGGUCAAGGGGCUGAGAAGCGCGUGUACGGGGAGAACUUGCUGCUCUGCGUGCGGGCUCUAGUGGCCGUGUGCCGUGAAGCCUGCAGAGGGUGCAGCCUGCAGCUCAUGGAAGUGCUGGUGACCAUCCUGGCAUUCGCGGAUGCCACGGGCCUUGGUGACGAGGUUCAGGAGACCAUGGCCGUGCUGGCCAUGGAGGAGAAUGGUGGCGACAGCCAGGACCUCUACCAAGAGCACGUGGGCCCUCUCCUGGAGUGGCUGGCCGGCUCCCACCACGACUGGACCGUCUACUCCACAGAGCUGCUGCAGUUUGACGUGCUCAUCACCCACGCAGGCCCCGCCCUCGGAACGGCGCUGCCGCACCUCAUCCCCAUCCUCAGCAGCUGCCUGCAGCCAGCCAGAGACCCGCAGAUGCGCCUGAAGCUCUUCUCGGCCCUGUCGCGCGUGCUGCUGAGAGCGAAGGAGACCCUGGACUCCCAAGGGCAGUUUCACAGCUACCUUGACACCGUGAUAAAGGACAUCUUAGUCCCCAAUCUGCAGUGGCACGCGGGGAGGACAGCUGCAGCCAUCCGCACGGCGGCCGUGUCUUGCCUCUGGGCACUCCUCAGCAGUGAGGUCCUGUCGGCCACACAGAUACAAGACGUGCAGCAGACACUGAUGGCCCCAGUUCUGACCGCCCUGGAGGAAGACUCUCAGACCACUCGACUGACCUCAUGCCGAAUCAUUAGCGUAUUUUUAAAAACCUCUGGUGGUGCGACUGAUCCAGAUAAAUUCAUCAAGAUUUAUCCCGAACUCUUAAAACGCCUGGAUGACGUUUCCAAUGAUGUGAGGCUAGCGGCUGCCUCUGCCUUGGUCACCUGGUUGCAGUGUAUCACAAAGGACGCCGGGAAGUCUCAGUCCCAGAGUGACAUUCAGUACCUGUACAGGGAGCUGCUCGUGUACCUGGAUGACGCUGAGAGCACCGUCCAGGAUGCGGUCUUGGAGGUCCUCAUAGCAGGCAGUGUCCUGUUCCCUGACCUGCUGGUGACAGAGACGGAGGCUGUCAUGCACAAGCAUCGCUCACCCGCCUACUGUGAGCGCCUCCUGCAGCACAUACAGACCAGGCCGCCUGCGCAGUGACUGGAGACUACAAGGCUACAGCUGGCGUGGGGGGCGUGGACGCCAGACAUCCUCCUUACUCCCCUGGGAUUUGUGGCCUUUGAACCUCCUAGCAGGGCAGUUUCUUGUCAGCAGCUUAGGACACUCACCAGAAGACUGACAGUGAGAAGAAUGUAGUUCCCAAGAAAAGUGCCCGGUUUUCUCCUGGGACCAUUUUUCAAACUCAGCAGUUAAUGAAGUAACAUUCACUGAGUGGCUCUAUAUUUUUAUGUUUUUUUAUGCAGUUCCUUGAGAGGUCCGCCAAUGAGCUACAGCUAAUUUGAAAUGAAAACUGUCAGCUGUGCACACUGGCGGCCACAUCAGCUCUCGCGUGCUCUCUUCUUAAGGCCACUGCUAGGUUCAUGGAUUGGUGGGUCUGUCUGGCUUAAGUGUCCACCAAGAAAGUUCCCGACCAUUUUUUUUAAAGCCAAAGGGAUUAAAAAGAAAUGCCAUUCUUUCUUUAGAUUCUGACUACUGAAACUUAAUGUCUCAGUGAACAGACUAAAAGGAAUUUGAAAUCUUAAGAACUAUCAUCAGUGAAAUUUUUCCCAUUUAAAAUGUACUGGAACUUAAAAUGUUAUGUGGAUAUAUUCGGUCACAGUAUUUUUUUUUAGGUCAGUAAUGCUAACAGUGUUGAAAUAGAAUAUUUAAUAAGAUACAAUUUUCGUUGCUCUUUUGUAAGUAGCAGUAAAGUAAAAUUGUAUUUUAUUCUCUAGCACUUUCUACACCCAAGUGCCUAAAAGAUUUCAUUUUAAGUGGUGAUUAUUUCCAGAAGCCAAAUAUAUAUACACGCUAACAGAAGGGGGGAAUGCUGUGUGUAUUUUCCAACAAUCAAAUAUUAACAUUUAUGCU